CUAUACUCAAUACGACUAUACCAUUCACCCUUUCUCUUUAUAUAUACACACUCUUCACUCUUGAAAAAGAAACCCACAAACCCACAACACACAGUGACUCACUCACACAUAACACAUUACUAUCAUUCCUUCAACUCACCAACCAUGGACUGGUUCUCCUGGCUCUCCAAAACAUCCCUUGAACCCUCCCUAGUAUACGAGUACGGCCUCACCUUCGCCCACAACGAGCUCGAAGAAGAAGACAUGAUCUACUUCAACCACGAGUUUCUUCAGAGCAUGGGAAUCUCCAUAGCCAAACACAGGCUAGAAAUUCUCAAGCUCGCUAGGAAAGACAAGGCCGGGAAGAGACCACUCCCGGUAGCGAGGCUCAUGGUGGCGAUCAAGAAGACCAAGAGGUGUUUGAGCAAUUAUAUCCGCAUGUUCACCCGCUGCGAGGAGUCGUCGGCGCUUGUGGUGGUGCCGUCCAUAACGUCGAGGCCUUAUGGGACGAGAUUGUGGCGGAAGAACGCUGUAGUGAAGAGGAAUAGCAGGAGGUUGGUGGUGGCUAGUAACAGCCAAGAGAGGCUCUUGCUGACAAAUGGAAGUCCUGCAGUGUUGCCUGCUCUUGAGAGUUUUUCUAGUCCUAUGGUGUGCCAUUUUCAGAAGGAGGAGGAAAAAUUGAAAGGUGAUGAUGAUGAUGGUUACUGGUCUUCUGCUGUUGAAGAGAUCAGGUGGGAUACUAUGUUUCAGGAUCUAAAGCCAAAUUGAAAAUUUCCUCAGUUUUUUUUUUAAUAACUUUUAUAGGGGGUGAAUUACAUGUUUGGAUCGGAAACCCUUCAGUUUUGGGGUCUAAAUGAAUGCUUGAAUGCUUGGAUACACGUUAAAUUUUCACGGUCGAAGGAGAAUCACGGAGAACCUACUAGGAGUAGCUUUCGUGGAGCUAGAAUUGAUUCUAGAAGAUCUGAACGUGAAUCUAAACAUGCUAAGGGGUGAGAUGGAAGUGCCCCACGCUCUACACAGGCUACACAUGUGAAGGUGUGAUUAAUCUAUUUAGGCCUUUGUUUACUCAAAGUGGUGACCAUUGAGUUUGACUUGUGUUGUACAGCCAUGCUCUUAUAGUUUAGAAACACCAUUGAUAGAACAGUGAGGAGGGACCCCAUUUUUGUUCUUGUAAUUAUUUCUUAGUCAAAUAGUCAGGCAUCUACUUCCAUCA